CACGAAAUAAAAUCGGCGACUUCCUUCUCACAACAAUAAUUCUCACAACAAUAACUGCCGCAUCGCCGACAUUCACAACUACAACUCUAGUAAUACUACACAGCACGGUCAAUAUGGUGGAACCAGGAAUGCCGCUCGCCCCUUGGGAACCGCUCACUAAUUGGUAUGAUACCAAAUUGGAAGACAUUCUACCCCAUGACGGAUUCAUCUUCAAAGAAGGCCACAAGAUCUUCAAAAAAAAGCAAGACUGGGUUCGAGUCAAAUGGGCCAUCGAGGCACCCGCGCCUACCCUCGAAGAAGACAAGGUCGACGCCGCACUAGCCGCUAUCAUGAAUGACGCCAACAUCAUUUCCAAUACCUUUCAGCAAACUUAUUUUGCUCUUAUCGACUACAGUCGCUUCCCUACCGACGCCAUUCUCGAAUCGGCGCGUAAAAAGCACGACUGGACUGAAAUCGUACCUGACGGUCGGUUUCCCCAUCUCAUGAAGAAACUGAUCCGCGCACGCACUCUUUACAACCGAAUCACAUGGAUUCUAGGUCGUUCAGAGACCGAGAAGAGUAAGCAGCAGGGAAAGCUAGCAACAGCUAUCGACGAGUGGACUAGAACGCGUCCGACUGAUGAUCCCGAACCGUUCUACGCGCGAAUGCCUCAGUACCUCAAAGACUACAUGAUCAGCCGACUGAUUGAGGGAAAGGGUGCGGAUUGGAACUACUUCAAGGGCGAUCACUCAGACGACGAGGAGCCUACUAGCCAUGGUACGAGCGAAGUCACGAAGAAGAAAGGAUCCAAGAAAGGAUCCAAGAAAGGACCCAAGAAGAUCUCGAGUGAUGAAAACGCGCCCUGGGUACAUACCAAUUACGCGUCUAACCCCGAUCGCGUCCCGGAGUCGAUGGAAGAGGAGGACGACGAGAACGCGCCCUGGAUUCCCUGGUCCCAGACAAUGCGCGCACGCCAGCUAGUACACGGCCCUACGAAGGAGGAGAGUUUACUGUCAUAUCGUAUGUGAGCUACAUACGUAAAGGAAAAUGGAGGGUAUUCGGGGGUGGGCACGGAGUAGGUACGGAGCAGGCGCGGAAAAGGGGGGGAAGAAAUUAGGAACGAAAUAAAGUAGUGGGGCCGAUUGUUAGCAUGAAGGCACGGAAGACGCCGGUAGUGUAUUAUGUGCUGGGACCAAUCAAAUUCUGAUCGCAAGCCCCACAUACCCCCCAGAGCUCUGAG